GCGUUUCGAUUAUUGCGCACAGUAAAAAAAAGCAGUUAUUCCAUAAGCAAUGCUCUGAAGAUUAAAAAUUAUUGCUGAGUCAUCCGACGAGCAAUUAAAUAAGUAAACGUGGGCACCGAGUGUGUCAUUUACGAGCGUACGCUAUUUGGAAUAAGUUCUUCAUCGAUGGCAGUGAACUCUUUCCGUUGUAGAGGAAAACGCGGGCGGACUCUUUUUAUCAGUGAUUUAUAUCUGAGCAAUUUGUAUGAUCGCGUGUGAGAUUUACGCAUGCGUCUUAAACCGGGUACUUAACAAUUGCUCAAUCUAAUAAACGUACAGUACAUUCAACGGUAUCGGCUGGAGCGAGCAUUUAAGCGAAGAGCGCACGUACAUAUUUUCCUCGUUUCAUUCGUACUCUCCUUCUGUCGUCCUCUCUCUCCCUUUUUUCCUACCUCGCGCUAUUUUCUCUUGCCUAUCCUAGCUUUUCCUUCGCGCUUGUCAUUAGUCUCGUUACGAAUCUCCUCAUCAUCGCUUUCCUUCUUCUUCUUUUCUUUUUCGUUUCUGUCCCCCUUAUCCUAUCCGAGCUCGCCGAGCCCGCGCAUGUAACAUUUCCAUUAACAUGGCCAGGAACAGGAACGAGAUCGAAAUCAGGAGAGGUGUAAACCGGUUGGUGUUUAGAAUCACACGACUGUUUACGUGGAAAAGUAUUCUUAAUUUCGUUAUUAUAUUGCUAACGAUACUGGAGUUUGGAUCGGUACCGCAACAGCGCAUCGGCUUCUACUGCAAUGACCCGAAACUUUCGUUUAAAUUUAUGGGGGAUACCGUUUCCAUCACGCUGCUUCUGGCUGGAUGCAUUGUAGCGCCGUUUGUGGUGAUGUGGUUGGCGGAAUACAUGUGUCACUCCGCCGAUAGCUACGACAUAUCUUUAGGAUGCGCUGGUUCAAGAGCGAAGCAAAUAUGGUCGUGGUAUGGCCACUACAUGGCCGGAAUAAUUGGUUUGACGUUUUUAUGCGAUGUCAUGAAAACUCUGAUCGGAGAACCGAGACCGCAUUUCCUGGACACGUGCAAGCCACGCGAGGCUCAGAAUUGUACUCACCAAUACAUCGAAGAGUAUACGUGUACAAAUACAAUCGAUUCAGAGUGGUUUGUUUCUGACUCUAGUAAAUCAUUCCCUUCGGGACAUUCUGCCCUUUCCGUGUUUACAACUGUUUUCGUAGUGUGGUACUUACAAAAUCGUCUGCCGAGCCGGACAUUCUUCUUAAAACCAUGGCUACAAUGUAUGUUAUGUUUAUGGGCUGUGAUAUGUUCGCUAAGUAGGAUCAUUGACAACAGACAUCACUGGUGGGAUGUCCUCGCAGGUUGUAUUUUUGGCCUAACAUUUAGUGUGUUAACUGUCACAGUGCUAUGUCGUGCCUUUCAUAUAAAUCGUGUUGGUUCUCAUAUUUACACUGAGCCAAUAGAUAAUGGACAAUUAAAUUUCAAUGGCAAGAGGCAUUCGAAUGUAAAAAUUCUACAUGAAACAACAGAUCUUCCAGAAGGUUGUGAAUUAAAGAAUGCUUCGUCAAACUGGAAGGAAUGAGAAUUAAAUGUUUCACAAAUUUACUACCAUUCAUUUUAAUAGAUUAGUGGAGGAACUUAACUGUGUGACAGUUUCAGUUGAAAGAAUUGAAUUUAUUUAUUUAUUUCUUCUAUUAAUAUAGAAGUAAUGAUUUAAUAAUAAAGAAAAUUCCUUGGGCGGGAAGUAAAAAGUAAGAUAAAAUUGUAGUAGAAUAAAAAUCUCUGUUUAUUAAUUGAAUGUUUAAAAAGACUACUAUUGGCUUUUUGAAAAUUUGAAUUAAUGAAUGGUACUAUUAAUUGCUUACCUAAUAUAUAUGUAUGUAGGUACAUAUAUAUAAAGAAACAUUAUUUUACUUGGAGAUAAAUAAAGCAAGAAAUUCUAGAAUCUUUCAAAUGGCGCUUUUUUCAUUCUGUGAUAUUUGAUAAUUGAAAAGUAAUGCAAGAUGAUAUUAUAUUUUUUAUCACAAAAGAUAGAUUUAUCAGUUUUUACUGUUAUCAAGAACAAAGAAAAACAUACCUCUAUUUUUGUGAUUAAAGUCGAAUUUGUAAUGGAAGUUCUAUAGAUUUUCUAAGAAGAAAUCUUUUAGCACAAGUAUUUAUGGUACUAUGAAGAAAAACGUGAGUAAUUAUUAGGACGUAAAUAACGUUAAUCAUUGUAAUAACAAUAAUGAUGAUAAUGGUAACAAUAGCAAUAACAAUAGCAAUGAAACAAAGAGACACAGUGUUCAAUAGUAAUAAUUUAUGAUGCACAUAGGUUUAUUACUUAUUCCAUUAUAGUAAAGUUCGUACAACAAAAAGAAAAUGCUGAUAGGUACAAGGAUCAAUCUGGACCUAUAAGUAUUUGAUCUUUAAAGUUAUAGUAAUUUAACAUUCCAUUUUAAAUGCAGCUAGAGUAUAUUUACGUAAUUAGUACGUGUAGAUCAUAGAAGGAACUAUACAACUGUAUAAAGUAUUAAAGACCAAUAUUGUGAAAAAUAUAGAGGAAACUGUCUAUAUUUUAAUCUUCCACUGCAAUUACAUUCCAAUUGUGAUUCAGAAUUGUAAAUAUUGUAUAAGUAUACGUGUGCGAGAAGAAAUCCUUAGUUUAAAAACAUUGUAAUAUAAUUUUAUUUUAAGGGAAUAUGUAUGUAUAGUAUAUGGUACAACUCUGUAUCAAUUUAUAUUUACAAUCGUGAUGUGAAUGUUUGUAUUAGUUUAUAUGAAAUAAAUAGC